UCCCAGGGGAGUGGAGCGCGGGCCAAGCCCCUCAUCAGGACGGCAGCUGAGAUCUGAUGUCUGGGGACUUGGCCAGCAGGGGGGUGUCCCGCAGGCUCCACACGGUCCUGGUGUCGGCCUGGGUUUCCUGGUGUCGGGCUUUGCGGGGGUGCGGGGGGAAGCGGGCAAGAGCUCACCGAAUCAAAUGCCAGGCUCGCCAGGAAACACCCUCACAGAUGCACAGAAAUGCAGGUGACACACAGAAGUAACCACCGCGGACACGGCGCCCGCCCGCCGGGACGGAUGGAGGGCCGGGCUGAGGAGGCCUGCCUUGGCCCUCCCUCCAGAGCCUGGCCUGGACCCGCCCGGCCACCGAGCCAGGGCACAGCUCGGGACCCCAAGAUGCUGUGGCCGCUGUCUCCCCUCCAAGGUGACUCAUUUGAUAAAGGACAGACCUUUCAGGCCCAUUAAGCACUUUCAAUAAAAACUGGGCCCUGGCUGGAAAUCCCCCUCAAAAUCCCCUACAGGGCUCCGGAGACCAACUUCCUCCACCAGAGGCAGCUGAGGGCUGUGACGCCCGCACCACCUGCCCCUCUCCGCUCUGGCCGAGGCCCCGAGCGCCACCCUGCCUGCCCUGCGGGAGCAGCUGGGCAGGUGGGGAAGCCAGUCUGGGCGCCACCCCCCUCCCCCCACAGGCUGCUGGAGGGACUGCAUCCCCACAGAAGCCCUUCCACAUCCCCUCCGGCCCUUCUGGCCUCGGCCCUCACCGCCCCCACCCCACUGAGGGGCACUCUGGGCACUCAGGCUCCCGUGGCCAGCGCUUCGGCUCUUGUCUGGGCUGGGAGGCAAAAGGGAGCGUGUGUGCCAGGACUGACGGACGAGGUGGGGGCAAUCCUGAGGCUAACUCACCCUCCAGGGCCCCACGACCCACCCCCACCUGCACGUCCCUCCUCUGGGAAUCCCUGGACACCCGGGUCAGGUUGUCUCUGGAGAAGGAGUCUCGGACAGCCAGCUGGGGGCCCCGGGGGCACGGUGUCUGGCCUGGGGAGCGCCAGCGCCUUCCCAGCCCUGCGUCCUGGGCCGUGCCGCGGUGGCUAGGGCGAGGCCCCUGGAGGCUGUCAGAGGGGCCCGGACGGCCGCCUCCCGUGGCCCCCAGAGCAAGCUCACCUUCCACCUCGCAUUGACUUAGAAAACAACAAAGAUGGUCUUAUGGGCUGAGUUACGUCCCCCUAAGAUCCAUGCCGAAUACGACUGUGGAGACGAGGCCUUUACAGAGGGGAUCGAGUUGAAGUGAGGUCACUGGGGUGGCCCCGAACCCACAUGACUGUGCCCGUGUGAGGAGGGGACAUGACACAGACAUGCACGGAGGCACGGCCGGGUGAGGACACGGGACAGGACAGCCUCUACCAGAGAGAGGCGUCCAGGGCUGGGAGAAGUGUCUGCUCAGAAGCCCGAGGACACGAACACAGGUUCCUAGUUUCCCCCAAAACGUGUCUUCUCCCCAGUAAGCUAAUGGUGUCCUCCCGAGCCAGGAGGAACGGGUCCCUCCCUGGUGGAGAGUCUGAGUGCUCCUGUGGGACCCCAGGUCAUGUGCACGGAGUCCUUGGUGGACACAGAGACUUCUGGAGACAUGUCCCACAGAACUUCCUGUUUUGGGCCAGCCCAGAAGUACCAUGAGACACUUAAGGAGAAAUAUUUCAGUACUUCUGCUAUCUGACCUCAGCCAAAACCAGGAAGUGCAGGGAAGCGUGGAAAGGAGGCAGAAGACGCUGAAGAGAACAUCCAGAAAACACACUGACGUUUGUGUUCUCUAAAGACGGUUCCAGGUAUUUUUCUCUCGCCGUACUCCCUGCAGAACGCCCUUUUCUUUUGGACUCAAGAGCUAAGACCACAUCCAGGGGCGCACGCGCAGACCAGGAGGGAGGCCAGGGGCCGACGGCUAGCUCGGGGGGCGGCCUCCAGAGGGGAAGUUACAGAGAGAGAUCAGAGCAGUCAGGGGCACUGUGACGGCCCCUCGGCCCCACAUUCUCAGAGGCAGAGGCGUGGGGCUGGGCCUGUGCCUUCGAGGAGCUUCAGGGGGUCCUGGGAGACGCUGCACAGAGACAAGACCCAUGAGGUUGAGAGGCGGACGUCCUCUCGGGCAGCCCAGCCAGCGUGACCUUCAGCCAGAGUCACAGGGAACCAGACUUACCACAGGCCCCGACCAACAAGACGCAGGAGGGCCUGGAAGCCAUGGUCGGGGGGGAGGUGCAGAGAGAGCAUCUGGGGUCCCCCCAGUGGCCCUCCUUGGGGCUGCGGGGCCUCUGGAGGGACCCUCGCUUUGCACCUCAGUUCCUCGCUUACAAACGACAUCCUAGCGCCUACCGUAAAGGACUGAACGUGUCCUCCCCAGAUUCACGCUGGCAUAUUCUAACCUCCAGUACCUGGGGAUGUGACCCUAUUUGGCAUCAGGGUCUCUGCAGAUGUGAGCCUGUUGAAACAAGGUCACUGGGCUGGGCCUGCUCCACGGACUGGCGUCCCUCUACAACACGGCGGUGUGCACGCAGGCACAGGGGAGCACGUCUCGUUGAGGAUUCGGGCAGCGAUGGACGGAGGCCUCUACAGGCCGAGCAACCGCCGAGCCGUCAGCAAACGCCAGCAGCUAAGACAGCACGGGACACUCUCCCUCGCGGCCUCAGGAGGAAGCCAGCCUCCCGAUCCGUGACCUUGGACUCGUGGCCUCGACUAUGGGAGUCUGCUGUGUGGUCGGUGGUGGCACCACGGCGAUGUUCCGGGUCCACAGGGACAGAGCUCCAGCCUUUGCCAAGUCUACUCCGUCAUCAGAGAUGGGGACCUGUCGGCCUCUCAGACAUCCAAAGCAACACACCUGUGGCUCCUGAAGCAGCUCCCCAGAGGUCGUACAUACACUCGGGGAGCACAGGUUCAGGACCUGAGGUCACAUGUGCACUCAGGGAGCACGGGUUCAGCCCCAGAGGUCACGCGGGUACUCAGGGAGCAGGGGUUCAGGACCUGAGGUCACAUGUGCACUUAGGGAGCACAGGUUCAGGACCCGACUGGAGCCCCACGGCCACCUGGGGGAGCUGGGCCUGUCUCUUUGGGGAUGUCUGUUAUAGAAAGCCCCUGUUCACACGUGGGCGAACCCUGAGCACACAAACACCUAGAGUGUCCCCCUCCCCCCACUAA